AUGGAGUUCAAGCAGGCCACCGUGGUAGAUGAGGACACGCAGAAGCCGAGCCACAUAGCGGAGGUUGAGAGCGAGAUCAAGCGCUUGGAGGCCGCGGCGAUGAGCGCCCAUCUAGAGGCGCAGGCACUCAACAAGCUCCAGCGCUGCGAGGAGGCCAAUGCAAAGUAUGACGAGAUGCGCCGGCUGGACGCGCGGGCGCUGGAGCUUGCCAACUCCCUGGGCUGCCCCAGCUGCCGCAAGCCCUCCAGCGGCGCGGCGGGCGCGACGCCGGCGGCGGCCGGCGACGCCGCGGCCGACUACAUCUCUCUGCACCCGGUCACGCCGUGGCCGGCGCAGGCCGCCCCCGGCGCCGCCGCGCGCGCCCUCGGCGCCGUCCUCGGCGCCGCGGUCGGCGACGCCGCGGCGAUGGGCGUGCAGUGGAUCUACUCCCUCGAGAGGCUUGAAGACCUGCUGGCCGCGCGCCGCGAGGCCGAGGGCCCCGCCGCCGGCCUCGAGUUCUACGAGCCGCCGCAGUCGCCGUUCCUGCCCGGCUACGCGACCGGCCGCCACAGCCCGUACGGGGAGGAGGCGGCGGUGCUGCUGCGGAGCCUCGCGCGGGAGGGGGGGCUGGACUGCGGCGCGUACGCUGAGCUGUACGCGGAGACGUUUGGGGAGGGUUUUGACGGCUAUCGCAACGCGAGCACGACGGGCUUCCUGCGCAACUACUCGCGCGGCAUGGCGCCGCCCGCGACGGGCGCGGAAGACGCGCAGGCGGACUGCGUGGCGCGCCUCGCGCCGCUGGUGGCGGCCUUCGCGGGCCACCCCCGGUUGAUGCGCCUUGUCGCCGCCGCGACUCGCACCACCCAGAACACCGACGACGCGGAGGCGUGGGCCUGCGCGGGCGCCGCGGUGCUGGAGGGGCUGGUGCUGCGGGGCGCAGGGAUGGCGGACGCCGUGGCGGCCGCCGCCGACGAGCUCGCCGCUGGGUCGGGCCGCCUGCCUGCGUGCGAGCGCCACGCCGCGAUCGCCGCCCUCCUGCGGCGUGUGCUGGCGCUGCGCGACGCGCCGCACGCCGCCGUCGUGUCAGACCUCGGCCGCAACUGCCACAUGCCCAACGCCGCGCUCACGCCGCUGCACGCGGCGCUGCACCAAGAGUGGCUCGCGCAGCGGCGCGGCGGCGCCGCGGGCGGCGAGGCCGCGUUCGUGGAUGGUAUCCGCGGCGCGCUCGCCGCGGGCGGCUGCUGCGCGAGCCGCGCGGGGUUCGCCGGCGCCUGCCUGGGCGCGAUGCUCGGACCCGGCGCGGUGCCGGCGGGGUGGCGGGCGCGGUGCGGCACGGCGGCGGAGGUCAAGGAGCUGUUUGGCGCUAUCAGCGCCGCGCGGGGCGCGUGA